AUGGCUCUGAAAAAUAAAUUCUUACUUUGAUGCUUUUUGAAUCAUGUCAGUGAAAAUAUCAUAGCUCCAGGAUUUAGGAGAAUUAUCAAUCAUUAUGGCCAAGCAUUAUCAAAUUCAUUAUAUUUUAUGUAUAAGAAAACUGCUUCUGACCACCUGAACAUUUCACAAGCUCUUAGUUUUUGGGCUUCUUUUGCUGGCCACUCCCCUUUCUAA